GUAACUCUUCUUUCAUCACAAGUUGGUGCUGUUUUGACAGUUAGAUCAAGAAGAAUAUCCAUGAAUUAAAACUUGAGGACUAACAACAGUAAAGUUGUACAUAUGAUAGAUAUAGGUAAAGUUGUGCAUAUGUUAGAUAUAGGCUAGAUUGAAUGUAUUGGGGGGGAGUAUUUUCAACAGUAAUAACAGAGUAAUUGUUUGUCAGUCUUAUUAGAAGUUAGCUGUACUUAAGACUGAAUAAUUUUUAGAAGGACAAGGGGAAAUGGUUUUAAGUUGAGGGAAGGAAGAUAUGGGUUGGAUGUCAGAGGGAAUUCUUUACAGAGAAGAAUGGUGAGAUACUGGAACCUCUGGAACCUGAUGAGGCUGCCCAGAGAGGCUGUGGAUGCCCCAUCCCUGGAGGUGUUCAAGGCCAGGUUGGAUGGGGCCCUGGGCAGCCUCGUCUAGUAUCAAAUGUGGAGGCUGGUGGCCCUGCAUGUGGCAGGGGGGUUGGAGAUUCAUGAUCCUUGAGGCCCAUUCCAACCCUGGCCAUUCUGUGAUAAUUUUUAUCAGUGUACUAAAACUUUGUAUUUCAAGAUGUUUCACUUUGUAGGUUUUGUAAUUGCUAACUUUUAUUUGCAGUACUUCAGAAUACUUUAGGCAUGUCAGGGAGAAAAUCUAUUAAGGCAAAUGGAUGGCUGAACACAGUUAUUGUAUUUUGUCUUUAACUUAAACAGAAUUAAAGUGCAGACUGGUUUCUGACUGAUACAAUGCAUAAUUCAUAUGUGUAUUCUGUGUUUAGGCUUAAUCAUAAAAAUGGAGCAUUACACAUCAUACAUAGGAUGUGGGAUUUCUGAGGUGCCUUUAUCUGAUACUGCUCAGAGGAUUAUGUCAGCUUUGCGGUCUAUUCCUACAGGAGUUCAGACUAGCAGAAAAAAUAAUCAGUGUGAGUAUUGGCCUUCUUAAGCGUCUCUCUUUUCAGCUGAAAAACUGAAAUGCAAGCACACAACACUGAACCUCAGGAAUUAAGAAAUAACUGUAGUAUUUGAUGUGUCUUUCCUGGUUAAAUAUCACUGUGUGAGCGCAAGAAACUGGGAGGUUGCUGUUAGCCUGAAUUUUACUGUGUUUUUUUCCUUCCUAACCUGUAGUAAUAUAGAUGUUAAUUUCUUAGCGUUAAUUAACACUGUAAAUGUGCAUCAGCUUGAAACUCUACUAGAUACUUGCAGUACAGAUGCUGAAAAAUUAGGAGAAGCCCUGUGAACUCUCCAGGCUCACAGUCUUUUCUUCCCAAACAUGCUCAUUACCAGCUCACUCUGUGCAAUUCUAGGGGAAAAAGUGAAUGUAAAUUCCAGAGGUAGAGCGAGGUAGAUAAUGUUAAUGGUGUGUCAGCACUUUUAGACUCCAGCUUUUGCCAAGUUUGAAGGCUAGGAUGGCUUUCUACUGCCAUCUGGUGAUACUUCCUAACAUAAGGCAGGAACUGAAAAGUUGUGUAGCCGCUUGUGUAUGUCUUACUCAAUACUGUGUGCUGAAGGAGGGAAAAUAAACCUUAUUUUCUCAGGAGGAUGAACUUUUUAAGAAAAAAUAUCUAGAUACUUUAAGCAGUUAAGAGCACUGAAUGCAAAAUCAUGUUACUAUCAUUGUAAAUUAUAAUCUUAUUAUUGUGGAAGAGUGAAUUUUAGGUUCGGUUUUCUUGAUGCAUCCCACCAGUUAGGUAUCUUAACUGGAGAUAAAUAACAAAUUAUACAGUGUGAGAUGCGUAUAAUAUUAUAAAAUAAUGUGUUUAGUUUCUUCUGGGGAAAGUAGUUGUCUUUUAAAAUGCUUUUUUAGUCUUUUAAAUACAGGAUCCUGGUUUACCUAGUCAAAACGUUAUUAUAAUCAAACAGUUUCAGUGAAAGCAGUAUGUUAGGUUCAGAAUUUCUUGCUGCUGGUAAUGCAAGUUUUGUAGCAGAAAUCAGCAGGAUUUCUGGACCAGCAGUUAGAAAGGAAUAUGUGUUUUGCUCAUGCGUGUUUUUUGGUUUCUUUUUGAAUUGCUAGGCAGUAGAAGGAUCUAGAGGUAAGAGUUCUAAUUACAGACUGCAGAAGCGCAUAUUUCACAGAAGUUCUUUUACUGUGCUCACUGGAAUUUUAAGAGCUGCUUGCCUAUUGCCCUUCGUUCUUUUAUUCCAGCCUUCUUUUACUUCUCUUGUUGGGCUCCAGGGUGGUGUUGAGGGAAGGAAAGGAGAAGGCACAUCUUAACUUUCUCAUUCAUGCUGUGCAAAGUCCUGACGUUACAAAGCCUUCCUUAAACUUUCAGAAGAACUCUAGGCUAAAAUAUCACUGGUAGUUCAGAGGUGCUCAGGUUAGCAACUAUGCUAUGGGCUGGGGUUCUGUCUUAAACCCAGCACUGAGAGCCAUCCUACUCUGUGCUGUUAUGCUGGUCAUGACUCACCUUUGUGUCAGUUUGAUCAGUCUGAGUUUUCCAUGCUCUCUCUUCUUGUCUUAAAAUACCCAUUCUCUUGCAAGGGUGAGCAAUGUGGUAAGAAGUAACUUCUCAAUGGAGUGUGGUCAAUUUUUUUUUUUCUAGGCCAAAUGCAAAGAAAAUAUUUUAUUGAAGAGUAUUUCUGAGAAUAGUACUACCUAACAACAUGUUAAACUAUAAAUAUCGUUGUUUGUGAUUAUCUGGAGUGUGGAAGUUGAAUGGAUGGGGCUGGGCUCUUCACAGGUGUUCAGUGUCAGGAUAAGGGGCAACAGGCAAACGCUGUAACACAGGAAGUUCCAUACAGAUACGAGGAAGAAACUUCUUCACUGUGAGUGACAGAGCAUUUGAACAUGCUGUCCAGAGAGGCUGUGGAGUCUCCUUCUCUGGAGAUGUUCAAGAUCUGGAUGUCUACCUCUGCAACAUGCUUUAGCAGGGUUUUGGACUUGAUGAUUUCUUGGAGGUCCCUUUCAGCUCCUGUGAUUUUGUGUAAACUGUGAUAUAUAGUGUCUUUUUUUGUUGUUUUUAUUGUAUAGCUUUGCUUUGACAAAAAUUGAAUGUGUUUUGAAGGAUGGCAGUGUGUAUGCUUACAAUAUUACAGUAAAGUGCCUUCUGAGUUCCCUAGAAAAUGUUUUCUUCUUUGUAGCAAAGUCAAAUUAUUUUUUUUAAGGGAGAUGGAGCAUACUUUUGUGUAUGCAUGUUUCAGAAUGCAUUCAGGUCAUUUUAAACAUGAAUUGUGUCGGUCUGAGGAAAACAUCUUCCACAGAAAACUUAAUAGCAGUUAUUUUAACUUUAGUAACAGGGUUGGUAAUCUAGCACUCUAUAAACCAAAUUAUAUGCUCUGGUCAGAUUCAUUUGUGCUAUAAAAUAUUUUCUUUUUUUUUUUUUUUUUUUAAGGUAAAGAGAAGACAAAGGAAGAUAAACUAGGUGAUAAGGAUGCAGGUCUGAAAAAUGAAAAGGCAAGCACGUUGUAAAAUAGCACUAAAAAAAGCAACUGUUUUAUAGUAGACUUGAAGUUGUUAUUGACUAGUUCUUCCAUAACAAACUGUGUUGCAGUACAUUGCAUACAUUGUGGUUUAGAUAACUUUAAUCUUAUUUUGCACUUGCUAUCUAUUUGCCGUAGAGAGUCUUGGCCCCCUCUUGCUCUGGUUAUAAAGUCUUCUCUGACAGAUUGACCAGAAAUAAAUGUAGAAUGUUGCCAAAUUUGGGUAGCUAAUGUAAUUUUAAAAUGUUCUCAAACCUCUAUGACUGAAUAAUCGCUAGCAUGUGAAAAUACCUUGCAAAAUACUGGAAAAAGCUUUUUGUAGCAGCAAUGAAGUGGCUUAUGUUUUCUAAAUUACCCUCUCAUUCAUAACUAGCUCAUAUAGUUCCCACGUGGUCUAGAACAGAACCAUUAGAUAUUAAAUCCUCUCCAUAAGCUGUUCUAAAUUAAUGCAUCAUUCUGUCUACUGAAUGUCCUUAGAGCAGCUGUGUGGCUGAAAAUUAAAAUAUUAUUUUAGUGUCCAUCUCUGGUGCUCCCAUAGGCUGCUACUAGGUGUUUCACAAUCAAAGUGAGCUGGUUCACAAGAAAAAUGUCUGUAAAUUGGGAAGCUUAAUUUUUCUGUUGAAUCAUCUCUCUGAAUUUAUUUAAUGUGUGUGCAGGUACGCAUAAGGAAGAAAUCUUUUACAGUGAGGGUGGUGAGACCCUCGCACAGGUAGCCCAGAGAUGCCCGAUCCCUGGAGACUUUCAGGGCCAGGCUGCACCAAGCUCUGAGCAACCUGAUGUAGCUGUGGAUGUCCCUGUUCAUUGCAGGGGAGUGGGACUAGAUGGCCUUUAGAAGUCCCUUCCAACUCUGAUUCUAGGUGCUAAUCCAAGAAUGGAAAUGGCUAACUGGAACAGUAGCAACUUGGGCUGAGGUUGAGGUCUAUUGAGUUAGUCAAAUGAUUUGCAGGUAUUAAAACUGAAGCCCUACCCCAGCUGCAAAUCCUACAGCCUUCCUUACUCAACUCUGGUGAUUAUUGCACUUACUGCAAGUCCAUCUAGGAGUUUUGGCAUGGGGUAGCUUACUGCAAAUUUAAUUGGCUCUUAGAUGGGCUUGAUGAGAAUGAUUUAAGCCAUAGAUGAAUGUAAAUAGUAGUGGAAACCCAUCCUGUAAUGUUGAGGAGAUAAACUUUGACUCACCACAUUUAGCAAGAUUAUUCUACAUAAAUUAUGGAACUACAUCUUCUGACUUUGAAAGCCUGUUAUUUACUUCCAGCUAUGUCAUUAUUUCUAGUAGAUGAUUGGUUCUUCCCAGAAGCUGCUGCUGCUGCUUUGUGGUUAAUCAUUGUUCACCUCUAUUAUUCUGACUUGAUAAUUAAAUUUGUUUUGUUCCUAUUUUUGAAGUUUUAAAAGAUAAUUACUUACUGCUGAUUCUAUAAUUACUUCAGUGUCCUAAUUCAAAUUCUGCUAUGUGUUAAACAGUAAAAACUUGUUGCAGUUUGACUGGAGAAUACACUUUUAGUGCGUUAGCUGUCUGUCUACAGUUCUUAUACAUUCAUAUAUAUAUAUAUAUAUAUAUGCUCUUUGGGCCUAUAGUUUCCUUAAAUCGGCUCUUCUUUGAUGUUACCACUAACACUUUUUUCUGUAGAGCAUCACAUCCUGAAAAGCUAAGCUAAAUGAACUCAUGUAUGUUUAUUUUUGUGUCUCCUAAUAAGUUGAACAAUUGGUUCACUGAAUAUUUUCUGAUUUUUCCAGGAGAUCAGUGAUUCCACAGUUGCCUUAUUAAAAUCAUCUGCCAGCUCUGAAAAAAGUACUGCUGGUGAGACAGUCAGGAUGGCACAUACCAAAGAAAUCCUGAGCUUCUACUGGGAAUUAGGCUCUACUGAAUGGGGAUAUAGAGAAAGAAACCUUACAGUAGAAGAAAGAAACAUGGCAGAUGGUGAAAAGAAUUUAGUUACCCCCCUUAAAAGAAAGCAAGAGGUACCUACGUAUUGUUUGGGAAAAAAAAGAUUACUUGUUAAGAAACACAUUUCACAUGAGAGGAGAUACAACUGGACUUCCAGACAAGCAGAGCAUUCUGAAAAUGAUUUUUGUGAUAUCAGGAGUUUAGGAUAUGAAGAAAAAAGAGAAUUGAUUGCAAAUAUAAAAGAAGCAGUGGCUUUUGUAACUACCAUGAUAUUUCUAGAUGGCUCUUCACAGCUUAACUCAGAGCAGACCACCUUAGCCUCGUCAGUGAAGGGAAUUGUUGUAUUAGUGAAGAGUCGAACAGAUCGCCUUUGCUCUCUCAGUUUCUCUUCAACUGCCAGUACUUGGAGCACUGCUAGUCCGAGUGAUAAAUUCAUUUAUUUGGAAACUGAAUGCUCUUCCCUUUGGGAGCAAGAAGAACAGGCUCACAACAAAUUUGCCCGGCAAGUGUUGUUUCAAAUACUACGUUGCAAAGUUCCAGUUAUCUGCUUCAAUGCGAAAGAUUUCCUGAAGACAGUACUUCAAAUUUAUGGUAAUGGAAUUAGCUGGAAACAAGUUGCAGAGAGCGUCGUGUUGGAUCCAAGGAUUGCAGCGUGGCUGAUAAACUCCAGUGACACAGUUCCCUCUUUUGAAUGCCUAAUGCAGUAUUUUGAAAAAUCUUAUUCAGUGGAAACAGUAAAUACAGAUACAGGUGCUUUGAGAAAUUCUUUGCAUCAAAACUUGGUUAUGAAUUUGCAAAAACUUUAUACUAUAAUGAUGGGCCUCGCUCAUGACUUACAGGUUCAAGGUUUGUGGAAAUUAUUUUGCACAUUAGAGCUUCCACUGAUCAAAGUUCUGGCAGUGAUGGAAACUCACAAAAUACAUGUGGACAAACAAGAACUGAAAAAAACAUCAGAGAUUCUAGGGUUGAGACUCAAAGAACUCGAAGAGGAAGCCCAUCAAAUUGCUGGAGAACGAUUCCUUUUGACCAGCAGUAGUCAACUUAGAGAAGUACUGUUUGAGAAGUUAAAACUGCAUACGCUGUGUGAAAAAAUUCCCAGAACUGAAAGACAGCAAGUUGCAUCCACCUCAGAAGUUGUGCUCAGUAAGUUACAAGAUCUUCAUCCUCUGCCUAAGCUUAUGUUAGAAUACCGGCAGGUUCGUAAGAUGAAAUCAACCUACGUGGAUGGGCUAAGAACAUGCAUGAGAAAGGGAUUUAUUUGCCCUACAUGGAAUCAGACAGGAACUGUGACUGGCAGACUUUCAUCCAAACGUCCAAACAUUCAAGGUAUCUCUAAACAUCCAGUGAGAAUUAAAAAGAAACAGUACAUAAAAGGAAAAGAGGAGGAAAUAGUAACCAUUUCCCCACGAGCACUAUUUGUUUCAAAGAAAGGAUAUACGUUUUUAGCAGCAGAUUUUUCACAAAUUGAAUUAAGGAUCCUUGCUGACUUAUCAGCUGAACCAGAACUGUUGAAACUAUUCCAAGAGCCUGAAACCACUGAUAUAUUUACCUCAUUGGCUUCUCAGUGGAAGGGCAUUCCAAGUGAACAAGUGAAACAAACUGAUAGAGAGCAAGCAAAGCGUAUCGUUUACUCAGUGGUUUAUGGAGCAGGUAAAGAACGUCUUGCAGAAUGUUUGGGAAUUACUCCUCUUGAAGCUAGUUGCUUUAUAGAGAGUUUUAUGCAAAAAUACAAGAAAGUACAUGAAUUUACCAAGAAAACCAUUGGACAAUGCCAAAAUAAAGGUUAUGUGGUUUCCAUUAUGGGACGCAAAAGACUGCUUGCUAAUAUCAAUUCACAGGAUUACAAACUACGCACUCAAGCAGAGAGGCAGGCUGUCAAUUUUGUUGUUCAAGGAUCUGCAGCUGAUCUUUGCAAAAUGGCUAUGGUUGAGAUUUUUACCUCUGUUGUGGUUUCUCCAACUUUAACAGCCAGAUUAAUUGCUCAGAUUCAUGAUGAGUUGUUGUUUGAAGUAGAAGAUUCCCAAAUCCAGGAAUUUGCAGCAUUGGUGAAAAGAACAAUGGAAUCCCUUCAGCAAACCACAGCCUUGGAAGUGCCACUGAAGGUUCCCUUGAAAGUGCUUCUUACCACUGGGAAAUCAUGGGGGUGUAUGACAGAAUUGCAGGAGAUGUAAAACAGUCAUCGGGGAUGUUAUUCAGUACCCGUACACCUCAUUGGCCUGUGCUGAUUCCUCACUGAAUCACUAGGCAACAGCGCUGCUGGAUCUUUCAUAAGCACCUAAUACUCUGCAUGUGAAUUUUUUUACUUCAUUUUGUCUGUAGCCCUAGGCAACAGCAGUGAGAUAAAACUGGAUUUUACCAGUUCAUUGUGUUUCCUUUAGCCAAGGUAACCAGCAGGGAGCUGCUUUUGUUCAGAGCUAAACUGCUACAUGCAAGAAAUGAAGCAAGACAACAUUAACCCUUUGGGAACAUGACAAAUAUAUUUGAGUUAAAUGCAUGUUUAGAUUAUAAUAUUUAAUAUUUGGCGAAGUGCUUUUGUAAAAAUACAUAUAAUCUAGAAUUAGAAAGACACUAUUUGAAGCUGCUUAACUGUUGCAUUCAGCUUAUUCUAUAAUUUGUAAGUAAAUGGCAGCUGCUGAAUGUCUUUUUUACAAAGACUUAGAAAAGAGUUCCUUGUAAGUGAAGAGUUUUCACUUUACUUUGUAUUUAGGAUUUUAGAGUAAAACAAGUAAAUGAAAACUGCAUUAAAUGUAUUAAAAAAUAGCCAGAUUGUUGUCAGUUCUAUUAAUUUCAAACUCAGAUUGUACACUGUAGCUGUAGCAUACUUUAGAGGAAGUAUUUUAGUUUUCCCUGAUUUAUUAUUUUUAUUAUUGGUAUAAUACUAAAUACAGUUUAGAUAAAUGUUGAGAUUCAGACUUGCACUUUAAAGGAUUCAAGCUGCUUCUUCGAUGUUUGAAUUUGUUAUUGAUACUUUAUUGUUCUGUAGAGUUCUUUAAGUAAAUUUGUUUUAUAAAUAUUUACU